AUGUUGUUCAUGAUGACGGUCGUCUUCGAUUUGCUCAUAUCUAUCGAUCUAUCUCAUUAUGGUCAUAUCUUUCUUAUUCUGUUAAUAUCUAUUUCAUUCUGUUCAUAUCUAUCUCAUUUUGUUUCUAUCUAUCUAUCUAUCUAUCUAUCUAUCUAUCUAUCUAUCUAUCUAUCUCAUUCUGUUCAUAUCUAUCUAUCUAGAUGGCUUGCUAUCUAUCUACCUAUCUAUCUCAUUCUAUUAAUAUCGAUCUACCUAUCUCAUUUUCUUUAUAUCUAUCUCAUUUUGCUCAUAUCUAUCUAUCUAUCUAUCUAUCUAUCUAUCUAUCUAUCUAUCUAUCUCAUUUUGCUCAUAUCUAUCUAUCUAUCUAUCUAUCUAUCUAUCUAUCUAUCUAUCUCAUUUUGCUCAUAUCUAUCUAUCUAUCUAUCUAUCUAUCUAUCUAUCUAUCUAUCUAUCUAUCUAUCUCAUUCUAUUAAUAUCGAUCUACCUAUCUCAUUUCUUUUUUUUCUUUUUUUGCCGUGUUUACAUCCAUUGUUUAAAGAUUUUUUUCCCCUUUUCUUCGCCUGUCUUUCAUUCAUUCUCUUUUUCUUUAUUCUCUUGUUUUCUUUCACUUUGUUUCCUUUCUUUCAAUUUUUAUUCCUUCACUUUAUUUUUAUUCCCCCCCCCUCCCCACACCGGGGUGGGGGGUCCACAUUUUCCACCUCCUCCAUAGUUUCUUUUUACGUUUAUUUCUUUAUUUUGUUCAGUCGUCUUUCUGUUCUUUAUCCUUUCGUUAUUUGCCCAGAUAGUCUGCCUUUUACGCUUCUCUCUUUUCAAUAUUCCUCUGCAAGAAAAAGUUUCCGACAUUUUAGCCGUUUUUUUAUUAUGUAUGAUACAUACUAUAUACGUAUAUAUACAAAUCUUUCUGACUCAUUCUGUUCAUAUCUAUCUAUCUAUCUGAUACACACUACAUAUGUACACAUACAAAUCUAUCUAUCUAUCUAUCUAUCUAUCUAUCUAUCUAUCUAUCUGAUUUUUCUCAUUUCUAUCUUAUUUCGUACAUAUCUAUCUAUCUAUCUAUCUAUCUAA